AUGGCUGACAUGGUCAUGGCAGACGCUCCUGCUGUCGAGUCCUCAAUCCCCUUCUCACUACGCCCUCGAUUCAAGAUCUCCGAUCUCCCUCUGGUCAAGGAACAGCGAUCCACCAUUGAUGCGCUUCUGCUCAAGUUCAAGAAAAAAGGCGGCUACGAUAGUCUCCGCAAGCAAGUAUGGGCCUCGUACAACACGUCGGAUGCGAAGACCGCGCUCACUGAUCAAAUUCAUGCCAUCGCGGAGGCCGAGAUUGAAAAAGACCCCAAUCUACUCAGUCGGGAACGGGGCAAGGCAGCCACAUUGAUCCAAGGCGCUGUGGACCGCAGCGGCAUCUACCAGGAUGUCGAGUCCAGGAUCGACCAGGAAAUUGCGAAACACCUGAGCACCGUGCUCGACGCGGUGCGUGAGAUCCGCAGGGAAGAUGUCGGGCCCGAGGUCGCGGCGGAAGAGGAGCAGCGGGGCGGCAAGACCGAUGAACAAUACCAGGCCGACACUCAGAAUCGGGCUGCGGAAAGAGAGAAGAACAGGGCGCGGAUGGAGCAGCUGUUGCGUGAGACGGCGGAGCUCAAGGCCAAGAUCAAGCUGGAAGAGGAGCGAAAGCGGAAGAAAGAAGAGGCGAAACGUGAGGAAGAGGAAAAGAAGAAACGUGAAGCCGAGGCGGAAGAGCGGCGGCUCGAGCGCGAAAAGAGACGAAAGGAAGAAGAGGAGCGUGAAGCCGAACGGGUCAAGGCCAGGGACGAGAGACACAGAAAGCGUGAAGAAGAGAGACGAGAACGAUAUGCCCGGUACGAGAAGGAACGCGACAGAGAGAGAGACCGCGAUCGUGAUCGUGACCGUGACCGUGAACGGGAGCGGGAACGCGACAAAGAUCGUGACCACGAACGAACGAGCCGGAAGAGCACUGAUCGGCGAGAUUCGCUCGCACCAUCAACCACUGCCAAAGAUGUCCCCACCGACGAAAAGGAUUUGGAAGCCACCGCUCUCGAGCUACUGCUGAGCGAAGGCAAACAAAUGGCGGAGAAGUCCAAGCAGAGACACGAGUAUAUUUUCGACAAGUCCGAAGCGCACAGCAGCCUGCGCAAACAUGUCACAUCGGAUCGACAUUCUCACCGCCGAGACAAAUCUAGAGAAAGCUACAAACGGGAGCCUGAUCGCCGAGACAGAUCUCGAGAGAGCUACAAGCGAGAGCCUGACCGCGGAGAUAAGUCGCGAGAAAGCCACAAACGGGAGCCUGACCGGCGAGAGAGAUCCCGAGAAAGCCACAAACGAGAGCCUGAUCGCCGAAGCAGAUCCCGCGACAGAAAAUCGCUAAUUCCGGAGAAAGACAAGCCAGAACCAUCUCGCCCUCAGGAACCCAGCAAAGACCGCGAGGAAGGUGAGGCCCGAAGCCAACGCGAUUCACCAUCUCCCAAAGAAGAGAAACGUGUCGUCCGGGAAAGAAGACCUCGCUCAGCAUCGCCAGUGGGUAUAGACCGCUAUGUGCCUGGAGGCGGGGUCCAUCGUACUGAAGAAGAGCGGGAACGUGAUCGACAAAGACGUCGCACCCGCGAUCUGGACAGAGAUCAUGAACGGGAGCCGCGGAGAAAGUACGAUAGCCAUCGCAGUGAUAAGGAUCGAGAUGAAGAGGGAGAUCGGGAGCGUGAUCGCACAGUUGCAGACCGGGAACGCGAUCGUACCGUUGGAGAUCGUGAUCGAGACCGCGAGCGGAUCGGGAUCGAGAUCGCGACCGAGACCAGAACCGAGACCGCGACCGCGAUCGUGACCGAGAUAGGUAUCGGGAGAGGGAACGCGAUCGAGAAGCCGACCGACCUCGCGACCGAGACAGGGAGCGCGAUAGAGAGCGAGACCGUGACCGCGAGCGGGAUCGAGAGCGAGAUCGGGAACGGGAGCGCGACCGUGACAGGGAUCGUGAUCGUGAUCGUGAUCGAGAGAGGGAGCGUGAAAGAGAUCGGUCAAGAGACCGGGACCGACGAGAUCGAAGUCGGCGUCGUGAUGAUCGACGAGAUGAACGAAAGGAUGACCGCCGCGAUGAUCGACGCGACGACCGACGCGACGACCGACGUGAUGACCGGAGACGCGAAAGUGACAGAAACGAUCGCCGAGAUCGCGAUCCGGUACCGAUUGACCGCUAUGUUCCAGGUCGGUAAUUGA